UGAUUUUGGUUUAUCUUAUUUUUGUAAACAUUUCUCACGCAUUGGACAAACGAGGAACACAUCACAUUCUAAUCUAAAUCAAGGGACCCUAAUGGAAAACUAUGAAUAAUGCACUUGUGUUAUGAUCAGAUCACAGCACCAACCUAGAGGCCAGUCAGUGGACCAAAUAGUUUACUCUGGACUCUUAGUUGUUAUAACAGUGAGGAAAAACUAGAAGUGUGUGACUACUCUUAAUAUUUAUGACAUGAAAAGUAUGUUUUUUUUUGUCUUAUCCCUCUAAAUGACUAAGCCCCUACCCCUUUUUAAAAUGGAAAAGCCUCCACAUUGUAAUGGUGUUUAACAUAGGUGUUAUGUUUGGCUUAUUGUGAAAAGAAUAUGCAUAGCUGAAUAUGUUUAGCUCCAUAAGUCAGCAUUCAUGUUUUUGAAGAACAUUUUUAUUUAUAUUUCUUGAUUAUUUCUCAACUUGAUUAUUUCUGGAAAUAUUUUCAAAAAAAUUAUUUAAUUAUUUGGUUAUGGAGCUAAAUAAUAGAAAAAAACGAGACGCUGAUAUAGAAGUAUUACCAAGUGUUUUAGGGAUCAAGCAAGAACUAUAUGUGGACAACCAGCCAGAAAUUUUGAAUAUAAUUUCAUCUGAAUACAUAAAACAAGAGGAGUUUACAGAAACUGAUGACACAAAAGCAAAUGUAUUGUCAACAUGUGAAAACAAAAAUCAUGAUUUAUUAUCAGAAUUUACAACACAUGUAGACAACAAACCAGAUAGACUUGAUUUAUUUUCAGUUUUUGAAGAUAUAAAACCUGAUGGUUUAAAUGCAGGGCUAAGCCUAUCACUAGAGACAACUCAUACUGACAAUAUUUCUCAGAUAAAGACAGAGAUAUCAACUGAUUUAUCAGAGCUUAAGGAUAUGCUUAUAAGCAACAUUGAAAAUCCAACAUCAAAUCAGGUUGAAUUAUUAAAGAAGUGUAAGAAGCAAAACUUAAAAUCUUCAAAGCAUAAAACUCUUCCAGUUCUAGUAAAAUGGAAAGAAUCACACACAGAUGUGGGGUCAUAUGAGUGUAAUGUGUGUCAUAAAAAGUUUGCUACUAGGACAUAUCUAAAACAACAUAAUAAAGCAAUUCAUUUAGGAGAAAGGUUACAUGAAUGUGGAGUCUGUCAUAAAAAAUUUACUACAAGAGGUAAUCUAAAUCAACAUAUAGCUAUUCAUUCAGCAGAAAAGAAACAUGAGUGUGAUUUAUGUCAUAAAAAAUUUGCUUCAAAAAGUCAUCUAAAUCAACAUAAAGCUAUUCAUUCAGCAGAAAAGAAACAUGAGUGUGAUUUAUGUCAUAAAAAAUUUGCUUCAAAAAGUCAUCUAAAUCAACAUAAAGCUAUUCAUUCAGCAGAAAAGAAAUAUGAGUGUGAUGUGUGUCAUAAGAAAUUUGUUUUAAAGAGUCGUCUAAAUCAACAUAAAGCUACUCAUUCAGCAGAAAAAUCACGUGAGUGUGAUGUGUGCCAUAAAACGUUUACCACCAAGCACUACCUAAAUAUACAUAAAACAAUUCAUUCACUAAAUAAACAUAAAGCAAUUCAUUCAGCGGAAAAGUCUCAUGAGUGUGAUGUAUGUCAUAAAAAAUUUACAACAAGGGCUUACCUAAAUAUACAUAAAGAUAUUCAUUCAGAGGUAUAUGAAUGUGAUGUGUGCCAUCAAAAAUUUACUACCAUUUUAACUCUAAUUAAACAUAAAUCAAUUCAUUCAGCAGUUAAGUCACACGAGUGUGAUGUGUGUCAUAAAAAGUGUUCUACCAAGAGUAACCUCAAUGUACAUAAAACCAUUCAUUCAGCAGUUAAGUCACACGAGUGUGAUGUGUGUCAUAAAAAGUGUUCUACCAAGAGUAACCUCAAUGUACAUAAAACCAUUCAUUUACCAGAAAAGUUACAAGAGUGUGAUGUAUGUCAUAAAAAAUUUGCAAAAAGGGCUACCCUAAAUGAACAUAAAGCCAUUCAUUCAGCAGAAAAGAAAUAUGAGUGUGAUGUGUGUCAUAAGAAAUUUGUUUUAAAGAGUCGUCUAAAUCAACAUAAAGCUACUCAUUCAGCAGAAAAAUCACAUGAGUGUGAUGUGUGCCAUAAAAAGUUUACCACCAAGCCCUACCUUAAUAUACAUAAAAAAAUUCAUUCAGAAGUAAAGCUACAUGAAUGUGAGGUGUGUUUUAAAAGAUUUUCUAGAAAGUCCUCCCUAAAGAAACAUGGAGCAUUUCAUUCAGCGGAAAAGUCUCAUGAAUGUGAUGUAUGUCAUAAACAAUUAGCUUCAAAGAAGUAUCGAAAUAAACAUAAAGCAAUUCCUUCACUAAAUAAACAUAAAGCAAUUCAUUCAGCGGAAAAGUCUCAUGAGUGUGAUGUAUGUCAUAAAAAAAUUUACAACAAGGGCUUACCUAAAUAUACAUAAAGAUAUUCAUUCAGAGGUAUAUGAAUGUGAUGUGUGCCAUCAAAAAUUUACUACCAUUUUAACUCUCAUUAAACAUAAAUCAAUUCA